AUGGAAUCAGUAACAUUUUGUAAAGCAACCCCUUUAACUCAAUCCCAGACCCUCGGGUUUGGAGAUGUAUUUGGAAUUAACACACAACCCACAGAAUCUGAAUUCAGAGAUUUUUAUGCAGCUAUUGCUAAUAACCAUGGUUACACAAUAAGCUACAAACUUCUAGGAUACAUUGCCGAGAGAAGCCAACACAAAAACCGAUGGGUAGGGGGUCUACAGGAAGCAACUAUUCCUGUCCACAUGAUUUAUGGCCCUUCAGAUCCAGUUAAUCCCUCUGUUUUUAUUGAUCACUACAAGAAGACUGUCCCCCGACACAGUAUUACGGUGCUGCCCCCCGACAUCUCACACUACCCUCAGUGGGAGGCCCCAGGGGAGUUCUCUAAAGCAUACAGGGGAUUCCAGGAAGGACUGUCAGCAAAGGGAAAAUGA